AUGCGUAAGACAGGAAGUAAAAGGCGAUCGAGUACAUCGAGUCCAAACAGUUCUGAAUCCGAUGAAUGGGUUGAAAAAGACAGUAAAUCUAGUGCACCCAAUCAGAGGGAAGACUGGAUGUCAAUGACUGGGAUGCUCAAAACAUACACAAAGAAUGACAUUAGGCCAAAACGAGAAGAAAAGGAUAAAAAACAUAUUGAUUCAUACAAUCCAGCAACUUGCAGUAGAGAAUUGAAUCCAUACUGGAGAAAUGGGGGCACUGGUUUACCUCAAACAUCAGACAUCUAUAGAAAAUCAAAGCCAUUUGUUAAACCGAGUGAUACUGUUGACUAUUAUUCUAAAUCAAGGAAAUCAACAAAUAAUGCUAUGGACACUCAAUCAAGUAGAAAAUCUAAAGGACUUGUUAAACCCAGUAAUGACGACGAUGAUGAUUAUUAUGUGAACUCUAGGAGUUCAAGUUCACAACCUUAUGAAAGACAUCAUGGGAGAGGUGUACAUGACAAGUACAAAGAUGAAAGAAAUUAUAAUUAUGGUUCAUUAGGAACAAGUAGUUGGAGGAAGCACAGUGAGAAGGAUGAUAAGAGAAGGGACAUUAAAACAGAAGUCCAAGAUGAGUAUCAAAUGACUGAAGAUAAAGAUAACAAAAAGUCAGAAAAACCUGUUAGCAGCUUGGAAACUGUCAGAACAGAAGUAAAAAAAGAAUCAAAAAAUAAUUUGUAUUUAAGUGAUGAAGAAAUGAAUAAACUUGCUGCAAAGAUUGUAAAGGCUGAAAUAUUGGGAGACACCAAAUUAGUUGAAAAGUUAAAGGCUAAAUUAGAGGACGCAAGGGAGUAUAGAAAGCAUAAUCCAGAUGCAGGCAAAGAGGAUGAGGAUGACAGAGUAAUGUUGAUAUCAACAAGCAGGUCUGGUAAUAGCAGGCCACUUGCUUUUGGUGAGAAAGGAGAUUCGAGAAGUAAAGGUGGCAAAAGAAAAGCUGAAACACAUGUUUCUGGAGAAAGAACUAAAUACUUUGGCAAUGAUGAUAAAUAUAACUUGAAAGAAAUGUUUCAACAAGAGAAGUAUGGAAGUAACUACAAUGACGAAGCUGAAUUGGCUAAAAUUGCCUCCAAGCAUAAGAAUCCUAAUGAUGACUUAGAAGAUAUAUUUAUGGAUGAAAUAGCUAAGAAUAGAAGUGCAGCAAAGGAUAGUGAAAGUGAAAAACAGAGAGCUAUCAAUCAGCAUCAGAAGAUGGAAAAAUCUUUAGAUGGGUGUGAAUAUUGUGUAGAUUCUAAGAACAUGUUGAAACAUCUUAUGGUUAGCAUGGGAAACAAAGUUUAUGUAGCACUACCCUCAAGAAGGUCUCUUGUUAAAGAUCAGUGCAUUAUAACAACAAUCCAACAUUCAACAUGCAUUACCUCAGUAGAUGAAGAUGUCUGGGAGGAAAUAUUGAGUUACAGAAGGGCUCUUACAAAAUUCUAUAAUUCUCAAAACAAAGAUGUAGUAUUUUUCGAGACUGCAACAAAGUUACACAGAUACCCACAUUUGGUCAUUAACUGUGUGCCAUUACCAAGAGAUGUAGGUGAUAUGGCUGCUAUAUAUUUCAAAAAAGCGCUUCUAGAUUGUGAAGCAGAGUGGUCUAUGAAUAAAAAAGUAGUAGACUUGAAAGGGAAAAGUAUACGAAAGGGAGUACCAAAAGGGUUACCAUAUUUCUGGAUAGAUUUUGGAAUGGAUCCAGGAUUUGCUCAUGUAAUCGAGGACCAGCAGUUGUUCCCUAAAACAUUUGCAGAGGAAAUAAUUUGUGGUGUAUUGGAUUUGGACCACAGCUUAUGGAAGAACCCGCGGAAAGAUUAUGGAGACGUACAAAGAAAAAAAGUCCUUGACUUUGUUAAAGAGUGGAAACAUUUCGAUCCAGUGACCAAAUAA